AUGCUUCGCAGCGUCUCCUCCACUUGGGCAGCACACGACGACGACGCGGACGACGACAAUAACAGCAUGUCUGAAUUUCCGCCGAAUAUCGCACCGAACGACGACGGUGGUGAGGGUGCGCAGGUGCAGGAACCGCCUGAGCCGGCCCCCAUUACCGAGCAAGACAUUGGGGAGUAUCGCGAACAGGACCGUUUUCUGCCAAUUGCCAACGUCGCGCGGAUAAUGAAGUCCUCCGUGCCGCCGACGGCCAAGAUUGCGAAGGAAGCCAAGGAGUGCGUGCAAGAGUGCGUGUCAGAGUUCAUCAGCUUCAUCACCUCCGAGGCUGCGGAGAAGUGUGCGAUGGAGAAGCGCAAGACGAUAGGCGGAGAGGACAUCCUCUACGCCAUGAUCACCCUCGGAUUCGAGAACUACGCCCAGACGUUAAAGAUCCAUCUAGCGAAACUCAGACAGCACCAGAACGCGUCGCAAAGACCGGGAGAGCUUCCUGAUCAUGGCGACGCGUAA